AUGGUGCAGUCCUCUCCUGCAGCGUCACGUCAACUUCUCGACGCUGUUGUGCUCCUUUUGAAGCUUCUCCACUCGGUCGAAGAGGCGCGCCGACAACUUCUACGGAGAAAAGAAGGGACAGCGCAGCAGAGGUGCAGCGCGGCGGACGUCAAGUGGCAGCAGUUUCAGCAGGAGUUCGCACCGCAGCUGCGCCGCCGCAAUGGGAAGAGAGGAAUGCAGGUCGACGUGUGCAACGAGGACGAUGUUGCCCUUCUACGAAAAACAGCCGACACGCUGCAGGAACGCCGCCGUGCUGCUAAGGAUGGUGUGUCGCUUUUGCGCGCCUCGCUGCUCGCCCGUUCGCUGGUCUCAGCACGCCUUUGGCAGUUGCUGCUGCGCAAGUCUGUGUGGACGGCGGCUGUCGCGGAGCAUCAGCGUGUGGCAGUGUCUGGCGAGUUAUCCGUGAUGGUAUCCUUUGCCCCACGACUGCUUCUCAUGUGUCUCGCGUUUACGCGCCUUGCAAUGGGGGUGUUGCGCGACUACGUGGAGGGGCGGUGCUUCAGUCGGCACGCACCGCGCUUCGUCGUGUCGAUGCCAUCGCGGUCGUGGCACUCUAGCAAACGGAAAGGAGCCGUCAGCAGCAUCAGCGGAGAUGCCACGCAGAGCGCAGCAGCAGCGGAGACGCUAGUCGAAACCGCGGACAGCAAGCACGGUUUCCAGGAUCGCUCUAGUGUAAAUGCAGCUCUGAAAGACGGGGAAGAAGACGCGCUAUUUGCCAUGCUACAGGAAACCUUGCAAGCCCCUAGCUCCACUGUCACUGACCUCACACCCACAGCGAGCGCACCACGUGUCACCGAAUCCGCCUUGAACUGCGCCAAGCGCAAACGACGGCCGGGCAGAGUGUCGUUCAUGCGAUGGAUCCCCCCUCACACGGCGCACGUGAUUCCGCUCGCCUCGGAGACACUCGCCCUCCAUAGUUUUGUGCUGCCAGAGCUGGACGUGCCCACGCUGCUGCGAGUCGGCUGCGCCUUGCAGCUCGUCGAUCUCUGUGUGACGCUGCAGCGAUUGGCCUCUGGGGUGUUGGCUCUGACGCCGCAGCAGACACCAUCACCUGCAAACAACAAGGAAGCCGACACGACGCUGCAGCGCACUCUUCACGGCCUCGAGGAUACCAUAGCAACUGUGGGACAUCAGGUGAAGAAGCAUCUCAUCAUUCAGCAAAGCAUGCGCCGCCCUAGCGAGACGGAAGUGGCGACAACACCGGAGCGCCUCAAGCCUGCAGAUGCCGCACGACUCGCGGUUCAGCUGCACAUGCUCCGCCUACUUCCCGCCGGCGACGUAGAUUCUGCACUCUUGCUGUCGGGGCUGCUACGCGACAUGUUUCCUGAACUGCGAACAAAGACGAGUCAUGUAUUGAGGGAAAAGGCACGGCAAUCUUCCCUUUUGGCAUUUGCCACACGUCCGCACCGCAUGAAGCUGUACGCGCAGCACGGUCGCCGAGGCGCAGAGGGCUAUGUACUUGGUACGAUUGUGCAGCAGGCGCGACUACAGCAGCGACAGCUAGCCGUGGCACUCCGCGAGCAGCACCUCUCCGAGACCCAUGUACAGGAGCUAGGUACGCUUGCUGUAUCUCUGCCAUCGACGGAGCUUGUUCGACUGAUUCAACUGUGCGCGAGGCAUUCGAGCAGCACCUGCUUAGUGCAGCAGCAGCGAGCGUUGUCCGCCGAGGCCUUCGAUAUUCCGGUGACCGGAUGCCUCUUCCUUGCCGAGGCCCUGCUCAUCUCCGGAACGCUUCAAACGACCCCUGAACAACCAUGCACCCUCUCGCUACAGGAACUCGCCAUCUUGUGGGAUGCCGCUACACUGCUGUUCCCGCUCAUUCGUGCACGAAGGGCGCAGCAACUCGUGAGUAGUGCUGGCCGCCCACGCCCUUCGCACGUGGUGCAGACCGAGUUCAUCAUCUGGGCAACCUUUGCCGAACACGUGUUGGUGACGGUAAACGGAGCGCUGGCACAACGCCUCCAGAACCUGAAGAAGCAGCGGCAACACGAGUCUACAGCAAUGCGACGCUCUCGCGUUACAAGCGCAAGCAGGGCAGCUUCAGAUGUCGUCGUCGAGGAGGGCGAGGCUGUCUUAACAGAUAGCCAAAUCACGGCGGACGCUCUAGUCAGCCUAGCAGCAGGCGUGCUAGAGUACGCGGAGAAUGACGAGAGUCUCUCCGCUCGCAGCGGCAUCGCUAGCACACACUCCUCUUCACUUCCAGUGCAGAGGUCGGUGCGAGUACUCGCUCAUUUGCUCCAAGAGUUGGUCCUUCACGAUCGGCAACUCUGGCACUCGCUCCGUAUCCUCCCCAGCACCCAGCGCAACGCUGUGGGGCGCCAACUUGUGAUGUGCUUUGAGACUAUGGGUGUGAUGAACGAAACGACGACUCGUGCGCUGGACGCGCUAAGCUGUCGCAACCAAGUCGAGCUGUGA